AAUUCUGAUAAUGUGACAGCAAGCAACAUCCAAAAAUGCUAUAUUUCUGAAUUUCAUGUUAUGAGUGAUGUACUUUCUAUCUUUACGUACUGUGUACUAAAAAUUAAAGUGCAAUUAUCUCGGAGUUUAUAGAUGAUGUUGUUUGUCACCAUAAUUUGACCAAAAAAUAAUCACCUUAAAGAAUGGCUGAUUCAUCAAGACAAAGUCGAUUAGCUCGUAUUAAACCAUAUUUAGUAGAUCUAAGAAAGAAGGAGGGUUUACGCACUAAUAAUAAGCCUAAUCUUCUAAUGCUAAUGCAAGAUUUGAAGGAUGAAGGUAACACGCUGUUUAAAGAAUCGAAGUAUGUAGAUGCAUGGGAGUACUACCAUCAUGCUUUAUUUUUAGCGAGUCAGUUGGAAAAAACUUUUUAUCACAGUGUGGAAAAAGACUUUUUAGCCACGCUGUAUUGUAAUGCAUCACUUUGCUGUAUAAAAACAGACAAUUAUGUUGAUGCUCUAAAAGAUGCUGAUAAAGCUUUGCAGUAUCAAGGCUACAAUAUAAAAGCUAUGUACCGUAAAAGUCUAGCCUUAAAAGAAUUAGGAAACUACAAAGACGCAUUAAAACAGGCCAAGAGAGGAAAAGAAAUAGAUCCUAAGAACAACUUUGAUGACUUGGUGCAGGAGCUAGAAAAUUUAGUUGGUAAAGAAAAGGAAAUAAAUACAGAUUGGUUAAAGGGACCUGUGGAAACUGAAAAGAAAAAAGGUGCAGAAAAGAAGAAAAUGCCUUCAAAGAAAAAGAAAGGCAAUGGAUUGGGUAAUGUAGGCCAAGAUAGUAAAUCACAAUCAGGUUCCAAAGCUCAGAACAAAGGCAGUAAUUCUGAUAGAGAUUCUGAUUCCACUUUAAGUGACGAUGAUGCCCAAUUUGCUGCUAAGAUGCAGAGUGUUAAGAGCCAACCCAAACUUAAUUCAGCUCCAGUGAAUGCCCCGUUGGUAGGAAAUAUCAAGACAGAACCUGUGAAAAAUACAAAACCAGUGCAGCAAAAAACUUCAAAAGUAACCAGUUCAGAUGGAUUUACUACAGGAAAAACUAAAGGUAGCCAACAGCAGAAACAGCCAGCUGUACAGAUUGUCUGGCCAUUAGAAAAUUAUGAUUUUCAGUUAGCGUGUAAAAAUUGUUUCAUUAAAGAAGGGGAAGGAAUAAAAGGAUAUAGAUAUAAAGCGGAUUAUUCCCAUAAUUGUAGUCAUGAUUUAUUACUGGUGAGAACGAAGAACAGCCCAAGCUUAAACUGGUUAAAAAUUCGACCACGUGAUACCAAACAAGUUAUUUCAAUGUAUUUUCUAUGCAAUCAGUUCAAGAUUAAUGAACCAUGUAGAUUAGGGGAAGCUAAUUGUACAUUUGCUCAUAGUCAAGCUGAAAUCAAUCUUUGGACCAUGGAUCGUGAUAGGACAUUUAAUAUUCAGAAUUUUAUUAGAGAUGCAGCUAAAGAUGGAAUUUAUUCUUCUGAAGUCUUAGAAGCGCGAGGUAUCACACCUAAAACGAGUAUUAGUGAACAAUACAUUCCUGGUUUACAGAGUGUCAUUGGUAAUAAACGUCAGGGUACACCUCCAGUGCAGUCUCCCCCACCACAGAAUGUUUAUGAUUUAUCAUCUCAAAGACAUGUUACACCCCAAGGUGCUAAUUUUGCUAGUAAUGCUGGUCUCUCAAGCUUUUCCGCGACCUCAGCAGCAGCUAGACCAGGUUUACUGCCCAACCAAGGAGCCUACACUUCACCACCUGCACAGUUUCUCCCUCCUAGACCUUUCCAAGCUUUCCCUACCUUUACUCAGGCUAUUCCCAGACAUCCAACCGUUGUCACCAGACCCCCCGCACCUCUCAGACCAUCCCAGCCAGCGUUUAGUUCUGCCAUGCCUAAUUUAAGCCAACCGCCUCCUAAUAUAGGCAAGAUAAAAAACCCUCUGCCGCAGUUUAAAUUUAAACUUUGUUGCCCGCAGUGUUUGAUAUUUUCUGGCAAGCCGUGGUAUUACAGUUUAAACCAGUCUACCCAUGACUGCUCGCAAAACAUGCUAGCAUUUUACGUUCAGGAUACCAUGGGGCAAAACUAUUGGGUCCAAGUACGAGAAAGAUCUACACAUAGAACUUUUAAAGGCUUUUAUGUUUUAUGUCACAGUGUGCGUUUGGGUAAUCUUGAACUGUGUAAAUUUAGAAAUAAUUGUAGCUUUGCCCAUAACAGUAUCGAACAAAAAUUGUGGAAAUGUGAACAAGAAGGGGAGUUUGACAUUGGCGAGUUUAUUCUACAAAAUAAGCAGGGUUAUUCACCUGGAACUUCUAACACUGAACUGUAUAUUCGGCAUAUAUUAGAGAAAUUUGGAGGCUAUUUUAGAUUUAUUUGCCGAGACUGUUUCUUUGCUCCUCAUCCAAUGAUCAGCAGUGAAGGGGACUUUAACUCAUGCUCUGGGACAGCUAGUCAUUCAUGGAGUAAAUCAAGGAUUUUAGCUCAUGUCAAGAACACAUCAUUUACACCAAUAGAUCAACCGAAGUUUAUGCAUGACUCCGCAUUUUAUCUGAUGUGCAACCACAUGCAGUUUUGCCAAUAUUGGCUAAAAAAUAGCUGCAAGUAUGCCCAUAGUUUGGUUGAGAAAGCUGUGUGGAUGAUGGAGAGAGACACUAAAGCCUCCCGUGAAGAAUUGGUGGCCAUGAGUGCCAAGCUAUUCCAGACUUUACCAGCCCAGCCAACUGCUGCUCCUUCAUCUAAUUCUAAUCCAUGGGGUUACAAGGGACCACCUCGAACUAUAGUACCUAUUGUAGAAAUAGCAGAAAGCCCGUCUCAGACCUCAGUUAAUUUAGCUGAGUUCUGUAGAACAUGCUGGGGCAAGGGUCAGAAGUCACAGGAAGAUGGAAAGAAAGACAAAUGUGUACGGGGUCAUAACAACUUUAAGGUGAACAGUGUAUUUUUGUCAAUGCCUGCUGGUAAAGAAAUUCGAAGUUUGCCUCCUGAUCUGCCUCUUGGAAUGAAACUUGUUUUAUGUGAAUUUCAUCCCAAAUGCACUCGUAGAGUAUGCAAACAUCCACAUGGACAAGAUGAGCUGGAUGUUUGGACGUACAUGAUGAAAAAUAGGAUCAAAUCUCUAAGGGAGGUGUGUGACAUAUGUAAAGAAAUGCAGAAAAGUCGGACAACUAAAAUAAACAUGGGAGAAUCUGUUGUUAAUGUAAUGCCUGAGAACGCAGCCAGACCAGUCGUGACUAAGCAAGUGAAUCAGAUCAUCGCGCCAGGAGACCUGGUCAUCAAUGAACAUUACUGCCACUACUGCGGAAUCAGUUGCAACAGUAGUCGCCACUGGGAUGAGCACUGUAUGAGUGAAGUGCAUAUCAACAAUGUCAAUUCUGAUAAGGAGCAUCAAUGGAACUACAGACAACCACCAUGGGCCCAGGGAAAUAAUUUAGCUCUAUGUGCCAAACAUCUGCAUAAUGAGUCUUGUCAGUACUCACAUGUACCUGACAUGUACAACCUGUGUAAAUAUGCACACAGUCAGGAGGAACUGGAUGAGUGGAGGGAGAGAUAUGAGUGGAGACAAAUGAAAAGAGUAGUUGCUAAAGAACGUCACAUGUUUUCAUACACAGAGUCAUUACUGGAAGAAUUUUAUAGUGAAAAUAACAGUAUCAGAGUAAUAUGUGAAAAUUUGCCUGAUGUUCGAGUUGUCUGUGAUGAUGAUCUGGUCCUGUAUAAAAAUGAAAAGAAUGCCAUCUUCACAUGGAUUUUCAAAGUAUACACAAGGAAAGCGUUAGAGAAAGUGGCUCUACUACACAACAGGGAUCGCCUUCAUUUUACACUUCAAGGUAGUGACAACUCACACCACCAGGUGGCUUCAGGUGAUUCAUUUAUUGCAGCUGAUGGAGGAGGAAAUCAGUAUUAUAAAGUCAAUGUAAACUUCACUGCUGGAAUGUUUGGUUCUUUUAGCCAAUGGGUGAUUUUUGAUUUUGGAGUUCGUCCUGUGUUAGUUAGAAAACUGGCAAUAGAAAUAGGAGACCACUUGAAGCAUGAAAAAGUGCGUGAACUGCGUGAAAAUUUGGCAUUUGAUCGCUGGACCAGCUUAAAUCGAGAGAUAGUUCGAGCCAAUGAGGAGGUAGUUGACAAGUUUACUGAACAGCUGCUACAGAAAUACAAAGAGCCUGUGUCCUCUGAGGAUGUUGUAACACAAGACAGCUUAGCCGAUCUCAACCAGCACAAUUAUGUUCAUAAAAUGCACAAGUUAUUAGAACUGGAAGAAAUCACUAGACACAGGAUUAUUGCAGGCUACAACAUGAUUUCUGAAGUGACAGCAUCUCAAACUUUGGAAGAGUUUGAAGUUUUCAUCAUUGCAAAGAAUGGAGAUUUAUUCAUCAAGCUGAACUUAGCUGAGAACCUUUCUGAAGACACACUUGCUGGGAAGCUUGUCUUGACCAGUGUAAGAACAGUCUUGUUGGCCCCUGUGGGAUCAAAGUCUAAGGUUUAUGAGGCCAAUAUAGUUGGCCAGAACAACUAUGGUUAUGAUGGACGUGGAAAAGAGCACAUUUAUUUAGUUGUAUCUGCCACAGUUAUCUCAGCCUUACAGCUGGCACCAGGAAAGAAAACAACAUUGGAGCUUCAGUUCCAGAUGGACCGGACUUUCUUCUGCAGGAUGCACUACGCGCUUGACAAUCUUCAGACAACUGAUGUUGUCUUCCCUGAUGUUGUCAAAUUUAAACCAGACAUCAAUCAGAUGAAUGCCUCAUUUAAAAUCAAAUCCAGUGUUUUGAAUGAGGAUCAGCUGACUGCUGUCAGGCACAUUGUUGUUCCAAGAGAUGGCUACACUCCUCCUUUUAUAAUGUAUGGGCCUUUUGGCACAGGGAAGACAGAAACUCUUGCUCAAGCAACAAUGACAUUGCUGAGAGAACGAGCCAAUGCAAGAAUUCUUAUUUGCACUCAGACUAAUAGUGCUGCAGACCUUUACAUCACCAAACAUUUGGAUAUGUUCAUCAAAAAAAGUAUCAAGACAUGGAGAAUCUUGCGCUUGUAUGCUCAAGAAAGAAAAAGAGACAGUGUACCACCAGAAGUUCUGCCGUAUUGUCACCUCUCCAAUGAUAGUUUCUCCAUUCCAAGCAAAGAAUACUUCCAAAGUUGUCAGCUAGUGAUAACAACAGUAGAGACCUCAAUACAACUCUCUAUGUUAGGACUGCACAAUCAGUUUACUCAUAUCUUUGUUGAUGAAGCUGGACAGGCUCUGGAGUGUGAAAUCCUAAUUCCCUUAAGCCUAGCAUCCAACAAGACAUGUGUGGUGUUGACUGGUGAUCACCAACAAAUUGGUCCUACUGUUUACUCACCAGAGGCCAAACGACAAAAGUUUGACAUCUCCAUCCUUGUCAGGCUAUUCAAUUACUAUGAUUUUAUUGCCAAUUGUGGAAUUUCACAAAUGUCAGAGAAAUCACAGCAUUCUCCACUGAACAUAUUUUUGAGCAUUAACUACCGCACCAAGCCUGAGAUUCUACGCUUCAUAUCAAGUGUAUUUUAUGGAGGACCUGAUAACUUGAAGGCCUAUGGCCAGGUUCCAUCUGUCAUGGGCAUAACACCACUCAUGUUUUAUGCUGUGCAGGGAACUGAGACCCAGAAUACAGACAGUACUUCAUAUCUAAAUCAUGCUGAAGCACAGGAAGUUGUUGAGAGAGUAAGAGAUCUGUUGGACAAUUGGCCAGAGCAAUGGGGUAAAAGAGAAGCCAAAAAAGUGGCUGUAAUUGCAACAUAUUCUGAUCAGAUUAAGCACAUUCGUAAGAUGCUAAGAACUGAUAGAACAAGACCUUAUUUAGCAAGUGUUGAUGUUGGUCCUAUGCAAAGUUUUCAAGGUAAAGAAGUGAGAGCUUUGUUUAUUAGUACAGUCAGAACAUCCAACUUGUUGCAAGAGCCUCACAUUGUUCGUGCACUUGAGUGUGGGGAAGACAUUGGAGAUUUGGGUUUCUUAUCCAACCCAAAACUCCUUAACACAGCAUUGACUCGCACCCAGUCAUUUGUUGCUGUUGUUGGCGAUCCUGUUGCCCUGUGUUUGAUAGGAGAAUGUAUUCAGGUGUGGAGAACUUACCUGAAACACUGCUCCAAUAUGAAAAGUGUUUGGCCUCAGACAUUGACUUAUGAUGUAGUCAAACUUCAGGUCAUUCAGAUCCAGAUGAGCCCCCAGGGUAAAAUAGUUGACAUGAUUUCCAAGAGAGGCCAAGAUGUCUUUAAACAAACACUUCGUACCCACCCACUUAACAGUGACACAUCUCACCUCGACACUGACCUUCACUACUUGGCUAGUGGGGAUGCCAUUACAAAUUCUUCCUUCCAAAGUCAGUUUGAAGAAAGCAUUUACAAAGUGAUGAAUUCACAGAGUUUUGAUUCUGUUGCUAGUGCCAAUCAUAAUCAGGAAGCAAGCGGAGUUCUGAGAGUUCCCAAACAGUUGAGCGUGGAUGAACUCUCCAUGAGCUCUAUGAUAAGCUGUGAGGACAUCAUCUUUCAGCUGGCCAGGGAAAAUAUAAUAGCCUCAGAAACAGGAGACAAUGGCUUUAUCAAAUCUGAAGGCAUUUCAAUUGAAGAAGUUGAUGGAUUUGCUGUGAUAGAGUACAGUCUUGAGGACUCUGGUAGCAGAGAGCCCUUUAAAUUGACAUCUAAAGAUGAUGAUUUUAUCACUUUCCUCGUUGAGAAUGAGGACAGUGCUUUGAACACAGUCUAUGAGAAUUGGAGUAUCAAAACUAUGAAAUCUAAACUGGAAAAUGAACCUAAUCGCUACUUAAAGUGUUUAAUUAGCAUAAAGGAUGGAACCACCUCUGCCAUUGUUCUUGGAUCUUGGCCACCACAGUUAAAAUCCAUCAAGGGCCGUGACAUUGACAUUCAAGGUCAGCUGAACAGAGGUCAUGCCUUAAAUGGAGAUGUAGUGCUUGUAGAACUGCUGGGCCAAUCUGAAGAUGGCAAGAUUCAAGGCCAGAUCAAAGGUAUCUUAGAGAGAGCCCAGGAACCAAAACUGAUAGUAUGUAGUGCAGACAUAGACCAACCAGGUAUCUUGACACCCAUAAAUUCUGAAAUGCCUUGUAUGUAUAGCCUCACAAGUGCAGCUCGCAUCAAACUGGCCAGGAAAGGCAAUGUGUGUGUGUACAGAUUUGUUACUACAAACUGCAUUGAAUUCAGCCAUUUUAAAAGCAUUGAUACCUUAGAAAACAGCAGUAACUGUUUGUUUAUAGUGCGCUACCUUACAUGGCAGGCAGGUUUUACAUUACCUCUUGGUGUAGUAGUUGGCCUGCUAAACCCAGAUGGCACAUUAGAGAAAGGAAUUAAGAUUUUAGACAUAGAGUACAACAUUUGUCAAUCACUGCGCCCACAAGCUCUUGAUGAGUCCGAAUGUCUUUUCCCACCGGGUUCAGCAAUACCUGCUCAUUUGCUGAAGAAUAGAAAAGAUUUGACUUCCAGUUUUUGUUUUACUAUCAACAACCCACAGACUGAAGAUGUUGAGAUGGCUAUCAGUGUUAAUCAGAUAGACAACUGCUAUGAGGUUGGAAUCCAUCUCUCUGAUAUUGUUGCAUUUGUGGAAAAAGAUUCAGUAUUAGAUCAGGAGUGUGAACACAGAGGUGCUUCUCUGUUCCCAAUUGGAAAAGAGCCCAAACAUAUGCUACCCUCUCAAGUUUGUACCGAGUUCUGCAGCCUUAAAGUAGGCGUCGACAGGCUGGCUGUGUCUGUGCUGAUUAAUGUUGAUGAAGCAGGGAACCUUGUUGGUGGCCCAGAAAUUUUUAGAAGUGUCAUCAACUGUAAACAGAGGUUCUCACACACAGAGACAGAAGACAUUUUACUGAGCCCAGAGGAAGCUCAAGAGGAUUAUUUAAAGAGCUGUAUUACAGUACUGUAUCAGUUAUCUUACCUCUGGAGAUCUGAAAGACUGGGCAAUGGACAUUUAAAUUCUGAUUUGGGUGUUGAAAAACAAAUGGCAAAACACUCAUAUUUAAUGAUGAAUGAGGUGAAAAUUCACUUCAAUUCCAUCAUUGCUGAGCUUUUGUUGUCAAGAUUCAGAGAUUCAACUCCCCUGCUCAUACAGCCUAGCCCAGCUAUUGAAAAGUUGGAACAGUGGAGGAAAAAAUAUGCCUGCGAUGCUUUCAACAGCAUUCCAUUAACAAAGGCUUUUCUUGAUGAUCAGGUGUGUCGUUGCCAGGAAAGAUGCACAUGUGUAUUUAGUUACUUGAGAAAAAACCAACAGAAGAAUACAGAUUUUCUUUCUGUCCUGAAAGACAGCUGGCUGAUGAUUGUUAAAGCUGUCAGUGAGGAUUGUAUGGACUUUGAGCUUGCACAAGAUCUGAUAAGUAACUCUGACAACAUGCCCCAGCUAGCUGUUGCCACUCUAAAGCUAAAAGAAAUUGAACAACCAGAGACUUUCAUAUGUUCCCAAUACCUAAAUCAAUCUGAAAGGUAUCAUUAUGGACUCAAUCUGACUGCUUAUACCAAUUGUACCAACCCCUUAAGGAGAUACAUCAGCAUGGUGGUACAGAGGCUGCUUGUUGCAUAUGCUAAUGGUGAAGUUAGUCCCUACACUAUAGAAGAGAUAAAUGACAUCUGCCUGCAGUCUUCUGCCACCAAGUACAAUGUAGAUAGCUACCACAGGGCUGUUUUCCAACUCAAUCUCUGUGAUGCUCUCAAGUCAAGACCUUUGAAGAUGACUGCUCUGGUAGAGGAUGUUGACAUGGAGAAAGCUGUUCUCUCUUUCAAAGGAGUUUCUGGGGUGCCAAAAGUCUCUAGAACCAUCAGUUUAUCACUGCUGUCACCAGUCAGUGUGAUCUCGUUUGCUGAUCAGAAGUCAUCUCAAGUUCAACUCAAGUGGGAAGAAAGAGUAUAUGUAAAUGGAGAUUCUGAUUACCAAACCCGUUCAGUUUCUGAGAUUAAACUUGAACCAGACAGAUAUAUUUGUAGCAUCUCUACACUAUCUUGGCAACGUCUUCUUACAGCAGUAAGAGAAAAAGAUGAACCAACAAUAGCCAGCCAUGUACAGGAAAUAUCAAAACAAGUGGGAGGAGAAAGUGAACUGCUCAGCAUAAGUUACCCUGACGUUAUUAGUCACAUAGGCAGAGAUGGAUCAGUGAGGCAUUUUGUGCCAUUUACAUUCAGUUUCCAUGAGAAUCAGACACUUGAAAUGCAAAUUUCUGUUGAUGAUAAGCAAGGCUUGAUCACUCCAUGUCUCCAGCUGUUAAAUAUCUCUUCAGGCUUGGAUAUUUGUCUGGAACACAAGACUCAGCCUGAUAAAUGUUUUACCAACACACAAGAUAUAAACUUGAAUAAGAUUACUUAUUCAGAAGAGGAGAAAUAUGCCUUUGAAUCACUGCUGCCUAUAUUGUCCCUUGAAUCAUCAUACCAAGCAGUGAACGAGGGAGAUAAAGUCACCAUUAAAAAUCUUUGUAUUUCGUGGACAAAAAGCAACAACUCAGUUUUAGAGGAUGACAGUGUUCAAGGAGAAUUUUUUCUGUCUGAUGAAUUCUGUUUAAGAAAUGAAUUUCAACCUGACUUUGGUAGUAAUUUUGAAAAACAGCUGUAUGAUGGUCAGCCAUUGCACAACACAGAUUGUAAUUACAGCUUAGAUUUCCUCUGUGUCCGCUACAGCAAUCUUACUAUUCCUGAUGAACCAGCUCUAGAUGAAAGUGUGGCUGUGGUAGUUAACAAUGGUCAACCUAUCACCUGGGUGGGCCACUGUCAAGUUAAACAGGUUUCAAGGCGUGCAGAUGGUUUUAAAGUGACCAUUUCAUUGAUUCAGUCCAGAAUGAAAAUUCCUACUGAACUCCUGGGUGAUGCUGCAGAUACAAUUGUUUGUACAGUGGAGUGGAUAUGUAAGACUAAAGAACAGAGAAUUCUUGAUGUAUCUAUUCGAGGUCUUCGUAAUGCCUCUCCUUUUGCUAAAGAUAUCAUCACAGGAAGAAGGCCCACUAAUACAAUUGACCCAGUCCCACAAGAUAGUUCAGUACUCCCUACCAGUAUGUCUAUUGAGCAAGAGAUGGUGAUAUCAGACAGCUACAGGCAGCCAUUUUCGACCAUUGUUGGUGGGCCUGGCACAGGCAAAUCCAUCAUGGCUGCCAGAUUGGCCCAUUUGCUUGCCAAAGGAAAUCAAACUGCUGAUUUGGUUAGACAAACGCGGUACCAAGGCUAUAGAACACAAUUAAUGAUUUGUGGACCCAAUGAGAAAUCUUUGGAUGUUAUCACUGGAUACUUAAAGGCCCUUAACUUGGCACAAGUUCACAUUGUACGUGUUUAUAGCGAGGAGAUAGAAGAAAGAGAUUACCCCUUGUCAUUGAAUCCAAAACCCACCUUGACUGUGAAGCCAUCAUUGGCCUGUGCUGUGAUGGAGGAUGUUGCACUACACCAUUUAAUUAGAAAACAUACCAAUCCAGAAAGCAAGGAGCUACUAGAACAAGAAAUGAUGAUGACAUUGACUGGCAAACAGGUGGUACCUCUUGUACAAGCUUGCUUAGAACGAGCACAGACUCAUGAAUUAAAGAAGGCUCAGAUCAUUGUGUGUACUUGUACAACAAGUGCAAGACCUGUGCUGAGGAAAGCUGCAAAUAUAAAGCAGGUUAUCAUGGACGAUGCAGGUUUUAUUUCUGAAGUUGAAUCUUUGGUGCCUCUUCUCAUACAUAAAGCUGUAAAUCAACUGAUAUUACUGGGUGAUUUGGAAAUGCCUGAGGCUCAUAUCAGUAAUCAUCUCGCAGCACAGCAUGGACUGUCCCGGCCUUUGCUCCAGCGCUGUACACAAAAAGCUCACAAGUUACAUCUUCAGUUUAGAAACCUGCCCACAAUUUGCAGUUUUCCCUCAAACUUCUUUUACAAGAGUAUUUUGGCAACAAGCCCCAAAGCUGUACUGCAUUAUCCUGCCUCUACUAUUCCUUGGCCUGGAGAAGCUGGGUUUCCUUCAGUUUUUUGUCACUUAAAAGGCAAUGAAUCUUUUGCUGGUGGAAGCCAAAGUAAAUACAGAUCAGAGGCUGAUCUAGUCAACAUACAGGAAUCUCAAGUUGUCAUCUCCAUUGUUGAUGCUCUGAUCAAGCAACAUAAAGUUCAAGCCUCUUCUAUCCUUGUGCUAACAGCCACCCAAGCUCAGGCAGCUCUAAUCACACAGUCAACAUCAAAUCCUAUUGUUGUCAACACUGUCUUAGAGAGCAUUGGUCAAGAAAGUGAUUAUGUUAUUUUAUCCACUGUUCGGACACUGCCUGAUUCUGAGCUUCAGUUUCCACCUACAGCUAAAUGGACAAGCCAGCACAUAGGUGAAGUGGCAAAUCCUCGCUUUGUCAACUUGUCCAUAACUAGAGCUAAAGCAGCACUCUUUAUAAUAGGUGAUAAAGAUUUACUGGGUAGCAGCCAUCCAUGGAAAUGUUUGCUUUCCACAUACAGGAGACGGAAAAGCCUUCAGUUAGAUUGUACACGGUUUCUUCAAACUCUAACCCUAUAAAUCUCAGGGUGUAGAUGAAUAUUUACAGACAUAAUAAAUUUAAAAUCAUAACCUGUUCAUGUUAAUUAAUAUGCCUUUUAUUCUAAUUUGUUUUACAUAAAAACUUUAGCGUAUUCUGGUUCCUUUUUCUUUCUUGAAUAAUUAACUGUUGAAUAUUACUUAAAUACUUGGUGUGUUUAUUGUUGUAUAGAUUUAAAUCAUGCUUUUUGUGUGUAAAAUUGUAUGUUUUAAAGGUGUAAUUUUAAUAACUCUGUACCUUCUGUAAAGAGAAAAAAAACUCUUUGCCUUUUUUCUGUAAUGUGUUUUAAUUCAAACAUACUGAUAUUUGUUUUGAUAUUAAAACAUUUCUUACAUUUUUUUAGAUUAAAAUUCUUUUUUUUUUGGGUUUUUUUUAAAUUAAAAAAACGUUUUUUAAAAAAAUAAUGCAAUUACCAUUCAAAACGUUAAAAUGACUUCGUGGUUAAAAAUAAUUACUUGUAUAUCUGAAGUAUUAUUGAUGUACAAUUGUUUUUAUUUUAAUUUGAUUUGCAUGUUACUAGUACUUUUGUACUUCAAACAAAGCUGAUGACGACAAUUUAUACCGGUAAAUGUCAUAAAACUAUAAAAAACGUUAAAUAUGUUCUUUGCUGAUAUUGUUUUACAUUAUUAAUAAUCUGCUGAAUGUUUUUUCUUUUGCUGAUUAUUCCAAAAUAUAAUAAUUUUCUUUGAAAAAUUAUAUUUAAUUAUGAUAACUUACAAGUUUUUGUUUUUUUAUUUGUGGCAAAAAUAAUUGUGUAAACAUAAAACAAAAAAAUUAGACAAGGUCAACUGACUUCCAUCAAAUGCUAAGUUGGAGAUAUCUAUCAAAUCAGAAGCUGUAUAUUAUAAAUUAUUAACGUAAAUGAUAAAAUCCAUUAUUAGUUUAAUUAACUUAAGCAAUUUUAUUAAGGCUAAUAGAUACUAUAGCAUCCAUAUAAAGCUCUGCGUAUGUGUGUUUGGCACACUAAUCACUGUAAUAUAUAAUGUUGUAAAAAAAAUUUAAAGAAAAAUUGUAUUGCUUAACAGACUAAAUAUUGCAGUUUUUCAUCAUUUUUAUUUUUUAAUUUCUUUCCCAAUUAUUAAAUAAUGUUCACAACGCAUGCAAAAACAUGCAUAAAACUAUUUAAAAUAGUGAAUCAGUGACAGGUAAAGUGGCUUGUUUUGUAGUGAAUUAUUCUUUAGUGCAUAUAAGAAAGUGUUACUAGAUAGGGAUGAUGUGUUCAAUGAGGAUGGGCUUUGUGUUUGGAGGGUUGCUAUUUAAUAGAGCAGUUCAUUUAAAAGGUGCACAAAAUAAAUUAUGAUUACAUUUUGCAUCAAUGUUAAAAAUAAUGUAUUAUAUUGUGUUGUUGGGUAUCAUAUCAAAUAUAAUUGUUGUUGUAUUUGACCUUUUUGGAUUGUGUUUUUGUUGAAUAGAUUUUGUUAUGCUGUC